AGCUUUGUCCUCUAAACUGUUCUAUGUUUCCUUCUCUGUUCUCUUUGCAAUUAAACCGUUAUUUUUCUCUAAUUAUUUCACCUUUUGAGCUUGAGUCUAAAUCUGGGGUUUCCCUUGCUCUGGGUUGCCCUUAUGCAUCAUGAUUGCAUGAUCUACUACUGUUCAAGAUAUAUAUGUGUAUUGGUUGUUCAAUGGCUAUGGAAUUCUUAACAUUUUUGGCAGUAGGUAGUCUUGUGGAUACAAUGUUCCUCAAGAAAGUUUGGACGAAAAUCGAACUUCUUAAGAAUAUUUGGACAUUCAUUGUUGAUUGCCCUGAGUGGCUAAAUUAUCACAAUCACCUUGAUGAAAAUAUGCAAAGCCUUGCGAGAAAGAUGGAAACAUUAUGCUGUCUAGAGGAGGAUAUUAGCAAACAAUUGGAAGUUGCGGAGUUAAAUCCUAGAAAUGAGAGAAAGAGAGAAGUUAAAAAUUGGUUGGAAAAUGUACAACGUAAACAUAUUGAGGUGGAAAGCAUGGUACGAAAUUAUGGAGGGGUGAAGUUUUUACUGCGUGCAUGGUGGGGAAGUCAGGUUAAAAAGAAUAUUGAACAAGUGGACGAGCUUUAUCAACAGGGACGAUUUCCAGAGGGUCUUGUACUUGAAUCAUCUCAUACUAGGGUGGAGGCAUUAUUGACGAAAGCAUUGGUGGAUACACAAGAAAGAGCUCUGGAAAAUAUUCAGAGAUGUGUGAUGAAUGAUAGAGUCUCAAUAAUUGGUGUUUUUGGAAUUGAGGGAAUUGGAAAAACAUGCAUCAUUGAAAAUUUAUACAAUCAACUGAUACUUUCUCAAAAUUUUGACCACGUUUAUUGGGUAAGUGUAUCCCCCGAGCACACCAUUCUUAAAUUGCAGGAUGACAUUGCAAAAGCAAUAGGAUUUAAUUUAGAUGACAAUGACGAAAGGAAAAGGGCAGCCAGGUUGCAUAAUGCAUUAAACAGACGAAAGAAGAUUGUACUCAUUUUGGAUGGACUUUCGAGACAUUUUAAUCUAGAUAACAUAGGAAUUCGCACUCAAGUGAAUGGAUGCAAACUGGUUUUAACCACUAGAUCACGGGAGGUGUGUCGAAGGAUGGGUUGCAGGGCCAGGGAGAUUAUCGAAGUGGUGCCUCUUCCCUUAGAUGAAGCAGAAAGGUUAUUCAUGGAAAAUGUCGGAUUAAAUGACCUGGUUGAUCCAGAAAUUGAAGAAAUUGCCAAUCAAAUUAUCAGAGCAUGUCAUGGCUUGCCUCUUUCCAUUAUAAAUAUGGCUGAAAAGCUGAGGGGCGUGGAUGACAUUCGUGAGUGGAGACAUAAAUUGAAUGAAUUUCAAAACGAGCUUCAUGAUUAGUGCUGUGGGUUGUCUGAGCAACUGAAAUAUGUUGUAAUUUCUUUGCAAAAUGAAAAUUCUAGUGCUGUACCUCGUAUCUUUGCAUUAUCUGUUGUAGCUACAAUGCUUGACUGAUUAGAGUUAUUAGUACAACUUGUUGCUGGCUUUACUGCUUAAUGACAUUGUAAAGAGAAGCUAUUAGCAUUUGGUACGGAUGACAAAAUAUAGAUUAGACAA